UGCUAUAUAUAGCAAUCAUCUCUCGGUUAAAUAUCCAACUUCCAACAGAGUACCUUCUAAGUCUAUAUAUAUAUCUUCAUUCUCCACUUCAUAACACUCAAUCCAAGUGAGUGAUGAUGGGGAGAACUCCAUGCAGUGAUGAAAAUGGUUUGAAGAAGGGGCCUUGGACCCCAGAAGAGGAUAGAAUAUUGGUGGAUUAUAUUCAGAAACAUGGGCAUGGGAGUUGGAGAGCACUUCCAAAACAUGCAGGGUUGAACAGGUGUGGGAAGAGUUGCAGGCUAAGAUGGACUAACUAUUUGAGGCCUGAUAUCAAAAGAGGAAAAUUCUCUGAGGAAGAAGAGCAACUCAUCAUCAAUUUACAUGCAGUUCUUGGGAAUAAGUGGUCUGCUAUAGCAGGUCAUCUGCCAGGUAGGACUGAUAAUGAAAUUAAGAAUUUCUGGAACACUCAUUUAAAGAAAAAGCUUCUGCAAAUGGGGUUAGAUCCGGUGACUCAUCGUCCAAGAUCAGAUCACCUUAAUCUUCUAUCCAAUCUCCAACAAUUGCUUGCUGCUACAAACAUUGUGAGUAAUCUCACAAACACUUGGGACACUAAUAAUGCUCUAAGGCUACAAUCAGAUGCCACACAACUAGCCAAACUCCAAUUGCUGCAGAACAUACUUCAUGUCCUUGGGGACACUACUCCUACUUCAAACUUGGACCUACUCAAUCCAUUUGGACCAUCAUCAUCUUCACUGCCAGAUGGUUUUCUAAAUGAAGUUUUAGGAUUGAAUCAGUCUAAGCUUCAAAACCUUUAUAAUGGCUAUUCAGCUCAGAAUCAGCCAAAUCUCCAAAGCUUUGAACCCCCUCAUCAGCAGCAAGUUCUACCAACUGGGAAUCAGCAUAUGGAUGGAGGAAGCAUUGAUAGUAGUUGCAUGAAACCUGAAAAGGGUGAUGAACAACUUGAUGUCCCUUAUUCUUCUUCAACACCGUUCAAUUCUCUUCCAAAUCUAGUUUCAGCUUCACCUGAAUGUUCCACUCAUGUACUCAUGCAAAUGGAAAACAAGGUAAUGCCAAAUGAGUGCUCCGACCCUUCUUCUUCCACUUCAACCAACUUUGAAAUGUGGGGAGAUUUCAUGUAUGAGGAAGUAAGCGAUGCUUAUUGGAAAGAUCUCAUAGACAAAGAGACUAAUUAACCAGUAACUAGCCGUAGUCGACAGUUUCUUUUAAAGACAACGGCAUUCAAGGUUUAUCAUUGCGAUGACAGGAAUUAUCAUUGAUCUCUAGGAUCAACACAUAAUGUUUCAUUUAGAAUAGUUAAUUGGUUGGUUCGUGUGUAUUUGAAGAUGGAUUAAAUUUUGGAUUCAAUCUUUAUAUAUAUAAGCUUCCAUUGUAUAGACGAACCAUGCAACAUUGAGAUUGUACAGAAUAAUUCAAAUCCUCUCUUUUCA